AUGGCGUCGUCACAAGAGCAUGUAGAAGGUUUUUUUGCUAGUAUAGGAUUAGCAAAACUUGCUUAUCAUUGGCACGUUCUUGUAUUAUCCGCGUUAACAUGUAACUUCACGGUUGCUUUUUCGCGGUUUAUUUCACCUAUUCUCUUUCCAAGAACUUAUAAUGCACUUAAAGGACACAAACGGUUUGCGUGGGACAUGCAUGCUGUAAGCAUGCUUCAUUGUAUACUAGUUGUGGCUCUCUCAAUUCAUUUACUUUUUGACGAGAACCUCUUGCGAGAUAAAGUAUUUGGAUAUGACGCAUAUGCUGGGAAUGUGUAUGCAAUUGCUUGUGGAUAUUUUUUCUGGGAUGUUUUCGCGUCCCUUUAUCAAGCACGUGAAGAUGAAUAUGCAUUUGUACUGCAUGGCGCGUGUUGCUUCGGAGUUUAUAUAUUUGCAUUUGUAAGUGGCAUUUUAUCCUGA